CACGGCGCUGCGCCUCUGGCACUCAGCGAGGAACUCUGCGAGCAGGCGCAAUCAUGGGCUGAGAAGCUGGCCAAGAAGGGACAUAUUGCAUUCUGCGAGCAGCAAGGAAUCGGUGAAAACAUAACAUUUUUCCCGUUGAAUAUAACAGCUGAAAAGGCGGUGGAACACUGGUACAGCGAGCAUGUGAAAUAUGAAUAUGAAACACCUGGCUGGCAAGCUGGAACUAAUUAUUUCACGCAGGUGGUAUGGAAGGCUACCGAAGAGGUUUGCUUUUAG